UAAAUUUCAUUAGCUCAGCGCGAAUAAGCAGGAAGUUGAGGUUGUGACGUGAGUGUGUAUGUGUUCUCUGCAUUAUUGCAUAUUACUUCGUUUCUUAAAGACAUCUGGUGCGACCGUUAUUUAAUUUUCCUUACUGAUUAGCGUCUGGCAUAAUAAAAAGAAUUUAAAUACUUGAAUACUUUUGAAAGAAACGAAAUAAUGGAAAGAAAAGCUAAGUUAUCAAAAGGAAUACUUGAACUUAAGUUCAUGAAGAAAAGUAAAGAGAAGUUUGAAAAAGAAGCUGAAGAGGAAGAACGUGAACAGCUUUAUGGGGAUCAACUGGGCACUCUUCAUACAGGAGCACACUACGUAUCAAUGGUGCCUUCACACUAUGACUGCAAUGAGUACCUGCCAUGUCGCCUUUCUUUUGGAGGCUUUGAUCCAGAGAUAGAGAAAAUUAAUGCCUCUAAAAUGAAAGGAGUAUAUGCUCCUUUGAGACAAGCACCUUCCAAGCCACAAGAAGACGGCAUGGAGGUAGACGUUUCAGCCGAAAAGGCUUAUGAACACAUGAACACUAGUCUCGGUGACCAACAACCUAAGAAUUUUGUGCACAAAAACUCAAAAGCCCACAGAUUUGAGCCAAAGAAGAACAAUGAUCAGUUUGGAGGUGGCAAAAGAGGGAAGUUCAACAAUAAUAAUCGCCACAGAGGACGUGGAGGCUCGCAAAAUUUCCGAGGACGCGGAGGUCAUGAUAGGAGCUGCUCAAACGAUCGCGCAUCUUCCAGUUCAUCCAAUAACAAAAGGAAAUUUGAUGAUAAUGGCGACAGCAAGCCACCUAAAAUGAAGUUCUUAAAACCCUCUUAGAGUUCAAAUAAAUUCUAGUGGAAA